AUGUCCGCCCACCGGCGUUCUAGGCAUAGACGAUCGUCCGAGAGUUCAUCAUCAGGCAGCAGGUCCACCUUCCGUAGCUCCAUGCGGGCCCCGACUACCGAGACAGACGACGAUGCGCCCGGCGGCCACCGGCGGCUUAAACGAUCGUACGCUUCGUUGCCCGUGCGGCGUUCGCCGGCUUCGCAUCACAGCUGGGUGCUCCUGAACCGAGCCGGUGCCCGGCGGGAUAGUUUCUCCGGCGACCGCACGACGUCCGCGAUGUCCCGCACAUCCAAAGGCGAGGAGAUCUCCGUCUCGUUCGAGCUCGUGGAACCGCCCGGAACUUCCGUCCUCACCUUCGAUUGGCCGCCGCGGCUGUCGACUACACCGAGGAAGUCCUCGGGGAACGUCAUCGCCGCGCACCGCGACGUCGUGCUAUUUGCGAUCACGUCCUACGACGAGAACACGUACCGGCCGAGUAGUGUCAUCGACUUGUUCGUUUACCAGGCGAGCCUCGACCCCUCCCGGCGCCGGCGGCCGUCCUUGUUGCUGCUGCCUUCAGCAGGCGGGCCCGUGAUUUAUGCUCACCGUUUGGGUAACGGAGAAAUUGAUGUGGCGGGGGACGGCAACGACGUCCGCCUGUUCCGGUCUGGGUCCGGCCAGUGGGAGUCCUUCCAGAACUUGCACGUCCAUGGCGCCAAUGGCGGCCGUGACCUGCGUUGGUGGUCGACGGACGCGGUGGUGCCGUACGGACGCCGGUACAUGAUCUGGGCAGAUUACUACCGUGGUAUGGUGAUCAUGGACCUCUCCUCGGAGACGACGAACCCGCCGGCGCCGCCGAGGCUCCGGUACGUGCCCCUUCCGGUGGACAUGGUUGGAGACCCCGAGGAACCCGAAUGGGGCAGCCGAGGAUGCCCUAAAGCUUCGCGCAGCGUGUGCGUCACGCGCCACGGCGUCAAGUUCGUCAGCGUCGACACCCAGCACUGGAGCAACUUUGGAGUUGGGAAUCAGCACGUGCUGACGUGGAGCCACAGGUUCCGAAUCACCACCUGGUCGCUGCGCGAACACGACUACAAGUGGAGGAAAGACGCGACGAUGCACGAGCAAGAGUUCUGGGACGCCUUCGAUGGCGGAGACCGAAUCCGUUUCCCGCACGUCCAGCCAAGGUUCCCCGUCGUCGACGUGGACAAUCCUGACGUCGUCGUCUUCCGACUAGAGGAGCAAUGUGCAUAUCCUGACGAGCCGAAAUGGAUGAUCGAGGUCGACAUGAGGAAGAAGGUUCUGCUGGCAGCCACUGCUUACUCCAAGUCCAAGAAGGAAAGUGAUGGCCUAUCUCAUGACGCGGAAACCAUCAACUCUGCUAGAAUGAAAUCUGGUUUUGAUCCCAUCCCCAGUGAGUUGUCACGGUACCUGGAUGGUGGGCGAGCCUGCAAGAAGAGGAGGCAAUGA